AUGAAGGACGAGGAAAGCCUGUUCUCUAGCAGGGAUCCCGUAUCACUUUUGGCGUUCCUCCACCACGAGAAUCACGCCUCUGUACGUUGUUUGUCGGAAAAGUACGGAAGCGAUUUCGCCUUGAAUUCCCCAGAUAUCUCGAAACUCGACUAUGAAGGUCUUGAUGCCCACUUUUCGAACAUUGACCUCACCCUAUUUGAACAAUAUGAUUCGAUGGAUGACAUGCACCGUAGGUUCUGCAGAAUUGUCUACGAUGCAUUAACAUUAUUUACUAUGCUGGUUCAGAAGAAGCGCCUAUUCAUGAAUUUGGAAGCUCCCCUGAGGAGCUCGCUGCACAAGAAGGUCUGUUUUGAUGUUGAUCGCCAUUUCGAAGAAGUUUUUUUGAAUCUAGAGCGCCGAUUAGGAAAGCAAGCUUCGCUGAAGCGUCUGCACCUAUACCUUCGUAAAAAAUUCAAUUCCAAGCCGGGUCUUCCCACUUUAGAGGAUCCAUUCUGGUACCAGGCUCCAUGUGGAUUCCGCCAAGGCUGA